GAAAAGUAGGACAACCAAAAUAUGAUAAUAGGAGUAACACACUUUGCAUUUUAAUAAAUGUAAUACAUAUGUUGGCAUGACCUGGGUAAUUGAUAUUUGGACAUUUUUUGUGGAGCUGUGCGAGGUAAAAGUCUCAUACUCCGUAUAAUAAUACUUCCUCCUUAUUUUAAUGUUUCUUACAUUAGCUUUGAAUACAAGAUUUAAAGGAGAAUAGUAGAGAUAAUGAAUAGUAUAGAAACAGUAGGAGAAAAGGCGAAAAAGUAGAAAAUAGAAAAUAAAAAUAGAAAAAAUAAUGGUAAUUGAGUAUAUUUUAAGCAAAAAAUUAUUAAAAAAGAAAAUGUAUCAAACUUUUUUUUUAUGUGUAUCAAACUUUUAAGUAAUGUAUGGAAUUUUGCAAAAGUGUGUGGAAUUUAAAAUAAGGAGGGAGUUACUCUUUGGUAAUAGUUUUGGUGGAAUUGCGGACUGCCACUACUCCGUCAAUCUGCGCGCCGACUUCUGCAAUCUGAAUCGAAGGAAGAUAGAAGUGUAAUCUUGCUAUUCAAGGCUAUGAAAGAAAGGAACUCCUACCCCAAGUCUACUGGUUAUUGCAAAUGCCAUUUUAUGGACCUGAAGCCUUCAACUUUAUGAGUUUAUGUAAUAAUUAAACUCUUCAGCUUUGUUAUAAUGUUGAAUUCUGAAAUUCCAGAUUUUGUUGUUGAGAAGAGUCUCUGUUUGAUACCCUGAAUGAGUCCCUGGAAUAAGUCGGAACCUAGAAAUCUAGAAUCAUUAAGUUCUGUAUCCGAGGUUAUUUUGUAUUUCUUAAGGUGGGCCGGUACGAAGCACUCUCCUUCAAGAUCAAGUAUCCAGUGUCCUUAACUCUUAAAAUUGACCUUGUUCUCUUAAACUGAAGUUGUUUUACAGGUUCAAGAAACAAACAAAUUAGACAUCCCUGCAAUCCAAAGUUUAAUAGGGCCCUUGAUACGUCAGGGCCGGGCCUGCUCGAAACCUUCUUCUUCUCCAAGGCAUCUACCAUGGCUACUCUACGAAUGAUAGUUACACGAAACUUUACUUUGUUUGAACCGUUUUAUCUGAAUAUCUGACGAUGCCAUCUAUCAUUCUCAAAUAAAACAGAUAUUGCAGUCAACUUUACAGAUAGCAUGUUCAAAGGAGUAUACAAUGGGAAACAGUAUCAUGCUGCUGAUAUUCAAGCUGUUCUGAAGCGAGCCUGGGCUUCUGGGGUUGAAAGAAUCAUAGUUACUGGCGGCUCACUUGAGGAAUCGAAGGAAGCUCUUGCAAUUGCAGAAUCAGAUGCUAGACUGUUCUGUACAGUAGGAGUGCACCCGACAAGAUGCAACGAAUUUGAUGAGAGUGGGGACCCAGAAGAGCAUUUUCAAGCACUCUUAUCACUUGCUAAGGAGGGCGUUCAUAAAGGAAAGGUGGUUGCCAUUGGAGAGUGUGGAUUGGACUAUGAUAGGCUUCAUUUUUGUCCUUCUGAUAUUCAGAAGAAAUACUUUGAGAAGCAUUUUGAAUUAGCAUCUAUGAUGAAGCUGCCUAUGUUUCUUCACAUGCGAGCAGCUGCCCAUGAUUUUUGUGACAUAUUUGAUCGGAAUUAUGAUCGGUUUUGUGCCGGUGUUGUUCACUCGUUUACAGAUAGUGCAGAAGAUCGAGACAAACUUCUCUCAUUCAAUAAUCUGUUUAUAGGUGUCAAUGGUUGUUCUUUGAAGACUGAAGAGAACAUCGAGGUUGUUAAGGGCAUUCCCAUCAAUAGAAUGAUGAUUGAGACUGAUUCUCCUUACUGUGAAAUCAAGAACACACAUGCUGGGUCUCGUUUUGUGAAAUCUUUGUGGUCGUCUAAGAAGAAAGACAAGUAUGAUGAAGAAUGUCUCGUUAAAGGUCGCAAUGAACCAUGUUUGGUUAGGCAAGUAAUCGAGGUCAUUGCUGCCACCAAAGGCAUAGCUGACAUUGAGGAUUUGAGCAAAACAUUGUAUCACAACACUUGCAGGGUUUUCUUUCCUCAUGAUUUGGAUUCGGUGGCUGAUGCGCUUCUGGCCAGCGGUCACAAAUCAGUGUGAUGAACCACUUGUUUGAGAGUUCUCUGCUAAUUUGUAGAUUUCUACUUCAUUCCUAUCAUCAUUUAUGGUACAUUCUGAAUGUACAUAUUUAUUUACUGUCAUGUGUUACUGAUUUUGCUACUUUAUUUUUUUGAUGACCCGAAGUGUUUUUUUUUUAUUUAGAAUUUUGGAGGAAGCUUUAAAGCGUAAGUCCACCAAGAAAUGUCUUCC